AUGGCAUUACCAGUGUUGCCUUACAGCUUUGCACAGUUCUUGCCGAAGCUACAUCUUCUAACGGUGGAAAGAAUGUUCAGUUUCCGUCUUUCUUUCUUAGUUUUGGAUGGGGGUGGCAAUGCUGAGCAGUGUUUCAUGUCUUCUCUGCCGUAACCGUCAGCUUCUUUUCGCUACAACUUUGAGUCGCCCGAUUUUUCACCGCUGCAGAGAAGGCCAAGGCGAGGUAUUGAUGACGACGAUGAUGACAUGGAGGAAGCAUUUCGUAUUCCGAAGGGUGUUGAAGUGCAACAAGAUUCGGUGAUUUUAAUUCUUUUGACGAUUGAGAUGGCUGCAGUAGCGCAGAACACCAGAGAUUUGAGCGCUCUAGCUGUUUUGGUUGGAGGAUUGCGUCAAAUUUCAUGUGUUCGUGCAUGGCGCAUGAAAGGAACAUGA